GCGACAAAUAUGGCGCUCGGUUAGACAACAGUGAGUGUGUUUCAUCCUAAACGAAUGAAAUGGUGGUUUAACAGUGAGGUCCAGUUGCUCUCACUGCUACACCGCACAUUUUAUCGAAUCGACGUCCUUCAUAGCCGGAUGCACAAAUGGCUGGCGUCCUGGAAACAGAGGAGCAAGCGAGGAACCGCUUCCAGUCGGAGUUGGAGUUUGUUCAGUGCCUGGCCAACCCGAAUUAUCUGAACUUUCUUGCUCAAAGAGGCUUCCUGAGAGAAAAACCUUUCGUGAAUUACCUGAAGUAUUUGCUUUACUGGAAGGAACCAGAAUAUGCCAAAUUCCUGAAGUAUCCUCAUUGCUUGCACAUGUUGGAGCUGCUGCAGUAUGAGCACUUCCGGAAGGAGCUGGUGAACGCGCAAUGUGCGAAGUUCAUUGACGAGCAGCAGAUCCUGCACUGGCAGCACUACUCGCGCAAACGCACGCGUCUUCAGCAAGCUCUCGCUGAGCAACAGCAGCAGCAACAACAAGCAGCACCUCCUCAUGGCAAUCCAGCCUCCAAGUGAAGCCUGCUAGAGGCAUGAAGGUAGUCUAUGCCCCGCAUUGCUUUUUCAGGGCAUUUGUAUAAAUAUUGUACAUAUCUACUGCAUUUUUUUUUUCUACGUGGCAGUGUUGAAAGUAAAAAAAAAAUGUGGAUUUCGUCCUGUCAGACAUACAGAAAGCCCACAAAAUCUGUAAAAAGUGCGUGUAGGGAGGUUGUGUGAGGUAAAAUUAGAGAACGGAUGGUUGAUUUAUUUUGCCAUGAAUGUUGGACCUAAAAGUGACAGCCAGCCUGGCAGAACCGUGACUCUGCAACACUUAAGCUUAGUGAAAUAUUGUCUUUGUCUUGUCUGCUUGAAAUUCCUGUAUCCAAUUUGCUUUUCCUUUAACUUUUUUCUGUUAGGUCCACUUAUGACCUCAGCCAGCCACUUUAUUAAGUAUGUCUAUAUUUUACAUGUUAGGUUUUGAUACACUGCCUUACAGGUUAUUAGGUAGACACAUUUGAUACACGCAUGUCAGAGGUGCUGAUUGUGUUGGGGUCUUUUUUUUUUCUCUCAAUUUAAUUGACAAAGUGCUCUACACUCUUAAAAAUAGAUUCUUCUAGGGUUCUUUAGUUAAAAAAAAAAUCUUUA